AUGGUGAUUGCUGGUUCUGCCGAGCCGUCGCCAGAGCGCGCUGCCGCCUGGUCGGCUGUGGUCGCCAAGCCCCAUUCGGCCCCCGAAAAGGUGACCACGGCGACGCAGCCCCCUCUACCGCCGGCUCUGAAGCCCGCGACAACAGUCUCUGAAACGACUCUUCCCCUCGUACCCGCGGAUCCCCUUGCCGGGGGCGAGACGGGCCCGGCUGCCCCUGUUGUUGAUCCGGCCGCUCCGGCUACUGCUCCGUAUCCCCUCGCUCCCAUGGUUGCGCCGACGGCGUCUGCUCCUGCUGGGGGAGUUGCUGAUCCCCCUGCUCCUGCCCUUGGCGCACCUGUUGCGCCGGCCGCUUCUGUCCCCGACGUGCCUGCGCCGUUGUCUCCUUCGUCCCCGCAGGCGGGGUCCGCCACCACUGGCGGCCCGACCCCGAUGGUUGAGACUCCGGCCGUGGAACCGAAUGCACCUGCUGUGCUGCCGACGGCCCCGGUAGCGCAGCCGUCUCGUCCCCCAUCGCCAGACCGCCGUCUAUCCCGCCCCCAUUCUCCCGCACCCCAGCAGGAGCGCGAGUCGUCGCGGCGCCGGCGUAACUCUCCCAGGCGCUACCAGCCGCCAGCCCAAUGGCCUGCUCUCCCCGGUGGCAAUGCGGGCUGGAGGGGUCCCCGCGGGCGUGGUGGUGGCGGGGGUUACCGCCCGCCUGUGACAAUGGCGGAUCUUCAGCGGGAAGUGUCGAGGGCCGUGCGCGAGGAGAGGGCGGCGCAGAGCCAGAGCAGUUCGCCGCGGACCGCGCCAGCGCACGUGGCUGCUCUUCAGGCUGUGCCUCCCGUGGUCCCUCCGCCAGCUGCUGCACUUCCUCCUCCAGUCCUUGCCCCAUCGGCUCCUGCUCCUGCUGCCUCGGCACCUCCCUCCGGCUCUCGUCUUCAUCUGCCGCCGGUUCCGCCUGUUGCGGGAGUGGAGUUUGUUGCUGCGGGUGGUGGCUCGUCGGCGCAGUAUUCCCACCACGUUGCUGCGGAUGAGCCACUUCUUUUCCUGACGGAGGCACUUCAGCCUCCGCAGACGCGUGUUCCCGAGGCGACGCUUGGCCAGCUCCACCGACUCGCGGAGAGCCUCCACGCGUUGCUGCUGAUACAAGUUAUCGCUCACUCGUCCCUCCCCGUGAUUCCUCCAGAGACUUUCCGCGGCCGCCAGCGUGACACGUGCUUGGACGCGGCGGACCAGCUCGCGUCGCUGCUGGCGCCCGUGUUGGCUGCGCCCGCGGAGGGUGGCGCUGCUGCUGCGGGACAGCUUGACGAGGCUGUCCGGGGCUUGAGGCGGCACUUGCGCGCAGGAUCUGGAGCCGCGGCGAUCGGCGCAAGCACGCUUGUGGUCCAGGAGCUCCGCGCGCCGCCCCCCCCCCCUCGCUGCUGCCCGAGCCACCCUGCAGCCCGCGAGCCGCCUCUGCAGCGCCGAGUGCGCUCUGCCAAACCCUAA